CACAGCAAAUUUAACACAGAUACAUCAAGUUCAAUUAUCCAUCCAUCAGUCUACAGUGCAUGGGAGAUCUUAAGAUGAACAGCAGCAGUAGUAACAGUAACAGUUGUAUUGAUAUGAGUGGUGGUGAAGAAGAUGAUCAAAUGAACAUGAUGAUGGAUGAUCUUCGAAGAGGUCCGUGGACCGUUGAAGAAGAUUUCGCUCUUAUCAAUUAUAUCGCCCAUCACGGAGAAGGCCGAUGGAAUUCUCUUGCUCGCUGUGCUGGACUCAAGAGAACCGGAAAGAGCUGCAGAUUGCGGUGGCUUAAUUAUCUCCGCCCAGAUGUUCGUCGUGGAAAUAUUACUCUUGAAGAACAACUCCUGAUUCUUGAACUUCAUUCUCGUUGGGGCAACCGGUGGUCAAAAAUUGCACAACACUUGCCGGGAAGAACUGACAAUGAAAUCAAGAAUUAUUGGAGAACCAGAGUUCAAAAACAUGCUAAACAAUUGAAAUGUGAUGUUAAUAGCAAGCAGUUCAAGGACACUAUGCGUUAUCUUUGGAUGCCACGGUUGGCCGAGCGGAUUCAAGCAGCUUCCACCACCACAACCACCACCCGCGCAAGUCCUUCCACCAUAACCACCACCAACACCACCGCCUACCCACUCAAUCAAAAUAACAUGGAUCAUACCGGUACAAGCCAAUUGGUAAUGCCCCACAGUUAUAAUUCUGAUGUUGGGAAUAACCAAAUCAACCCCGGUUAUGCAACGGAAAAUUCAGGCACCACUGCGGUUUCACCGGUGUCCGACAUGACUGAUUGUUAUUAUCCAAUCCAUCCGACCCAAAAUCAAGAUUUCUUACAAAACAACAACCAGUUAGGUGAUGAGUUCGAUGGUUCCCUAAUUAGCCCCUCAGGUUACUUCAACCAAGAGAUGGAUUUUGAAGCAAUGGUGGAGGAAAACAACCAAUGGUCUGGUAGGAAUAGUGGUGACUUUUCAGACAGUUUGUGGAACGUUGAGGACAUUUUAUUUCUCCAACGACAAUUCAACAACAUGUGAAGAAUAACCAAAAAUCUGAUUAAGUUAAUUUAGUCAUACAUUAUCAGCGUAGGAAUUAAGUUUAAUUGCAAAGGAUUUACGAUAUAUUUGUU